CUUGUAUUCUGUCAAUAUCCGCCAAUUUUCAAGGUUGUGCGUUUAGUAUUUAGUGUUUCUAUGUACUGAGGGGAUGCCUGAGUACAGUGUUAGUGUCUUGCAAUGAAGGAAGCCCGUAGAUGUGAAGAAACAGACAUUUGCGUUGAUGCAGUGAAGGAUGGUUGACAAAAGGAGCAAGGACAAGAAGAAAGAGAAGGAGAAGAAGGAGAAAGAUAAAGACAAAGACAGUAACCAGAAUGCCGAGCCAGAGAACAACGAGCCACAAGAUGUUGAGAUGGAGGAGGAGGAGGAAGAGGAGGGAGGGAUCCGCAUCGGGGACAUCUACCUGCCUCCGCCACCGCCGCCAGCGUGCACCUUUGACAGCACGGAGCCGCGACUCAUCAUCACUCACAUCGAGAAUGAAUUCUUCAAGAGUUAUGCUGGAAGGCAGGUGCUGGGUCCAUUCCACAAGAACUUCACAUCAAUAGUUGGACCAAACGGCAGCGGCAAGAGCAACGUCAUUGACUCCAUGCUGUUCGUGUUUGGCUACCGGGCGCAGAAGAUCCGGUCCAAGAAGAUUUCGGUGCUGAUUCACAGUUCGGAGCAGCACCCAAACGUGCAGAGCUGUACUGUCACCGUGCACUUCCAGAAAAUUAUGGACAAGGAGAAUGAUGAUUUUGAAGUUAUCCCCAACUCUGGUUUCUCUGUCUCCCGCACAGCUUUCAGGGACAACUCCUCAUAUUACCAGGUUGAUGGGAAGCGCUGUCAGUUCAAGGCCGUGGCAAAACUCUUGCGGCAGUACGGCAUCGACCUGGACCACAACCGCUUCCUGAUCCUGCAGGGUGAGGUGGAGCAGAUCGCCAUGAUGAAACCCAAGGCCUUGACCGAACAUGACACGGGAAUGCUGGAGUUCCUGGAGGAUAUUGUUGGCUCAUCCAGAUUCAAGGAGCCGAUUGAGCUACUGAACAAGAGAGUGGAAGACCUGAAUGAGGCUCGGCAGGAGAAGCUGAACCGGGUGAAGAUUGUUGAGAAGGAGAAGGAUGAGCUGGAGGGACCCAAGGAUGAAGCCGUAGAACACCUGAGACUGGAGAACAAGAUAACGCAUAAGACCCAUGCCUUGCUGCAGUACCGGUGCUGGGAGUACUCGGAGGCCAUGAAGAAGGCGGAGCAGAAGAAGCAGGAGAUCAGUGAGGGUAUGAGUGACAUAAAGAAAAAACUGGAGGAGCUGGAGGAGAAGAAGAAAGAGAAGGAAGGGGAAAUUCAUACUCUCGGUAAAAGGCUGGAAAAAGUGAGCACCAUGAAAGAAGAAUAUUCUGAGAAGUUCAAAGUUCUGGAGAGUGAAGAUGUCAAGAUGCAGGAAGAUCUCAAGCACAAAAACCAGAAGAGGAAGAAGCUGAUGGCUCAACUGGCUACUGACAAAGACAAGUUAGAGGAGCUGGAAAAAGUGCCAGAGAAGAAUGAAAAGAGCAUAGAGGAAUGUGUGACUCUGAGAAACCAGCUUGAGGCCACAAGGAAGAAAGAGGAUGAGGCGUAUCACAAGGCCAUGUCGACUCUUAACUCAGAGACACAGCAACUGCAGGACGAGAAGGCCAAAUAUGAGACACAGCUCAUUGGCCUCAGGAAGACUGUCAAUGAAACUAAAAGUGUUGUGGACAUUGCUCAGUCAGAACUGGACAUUUACCAGAGUACAGAGCGGACAGAGAAGAAGAAGCUGGAACAGAUCUUGGACGGGCUGGAGAAGGCUGGGAACACGGCACAGACACGCAGGGCUGACGUGGAGAAGCUGGAGAAGGCUAUUCCAGAGUGCAACAAGAAACUCAAGAUGCAGCAAGACAAGCUCCUGAGGAUCAUCCCUGAGCUGCAGACUGUUGAGAACGAGCUGAGGACGCAGCGGCUGAAGCUAGAGGAGAGCCGCAGCGCCAUGCAGUCCUCGCGCUCCCGGGGCAGAGUGAUGGACGCCAUCAUGGAGCAGAAGAGGAAUGGCAACAUCAAGGGAGUGUUUGGCCGCCUGGGUGACCUGGGCGGCAUCGACGAGAAGUACGAUGUGGCCAUCAGCACGGCCUGCGGUGCACUGGACAACAUUGUGGUGGACGGCGUGGAGACUGGCAAGAGGUGCAUCAACUUCCUGAAGCAGAGCAACAUUGGCACAGCCACCUUCAUUGCCCUGGACAAGAUGGAGAAGUGGCGGGUAAACUGUGAGCGGCCCAUGAACACCCCAGAGAAUGUGCCUCGCCUGUACGACCUGGUGCGCAUCAGUGACGACCGAGUCAAGACAGCCUUCUACUUUGCCCUGAGGGACACCCUGGUGGCCACAGACCUGGACCAGGCCUCCAGGAUCUCUUACCAGAAAGGGCGGCACCGUGUGGUGACCCUCAAUGGGGAGCUGAUCGAAGCUGUGGGCACCAUGAGCGGUGGCGGCAAGACAGUGCUGCGCGGCCGCAUGGGCAAGCAGGCGGCCAUUGUCAAUGUGGAUCCCCAGGAGGUUCAGGGUGCGGAGAACAAGGUGGAGGAGCUGACGCAGCGCACCUUGGAGCUGCGGAAGGAGCGGGGCCAGCUGGAGGACUCGGUGCACCAGCUGACCAAGGACCUGAAGAACAUGAACCAGGACUGUCAGAAGUUCAAGAUGGAGAUUGAUGCCGCUGAGCAGCAGCUUGUCAAUCUCCAGCGACAGAAGGGUGUGCAGGAGGAGAAAGUAAAAUCUGUUAAAUCUGAUCCUGCAAAAAUUAAGGCAAUGGAGAAAGACAUUGCUGAGAAGAAGAAGGUGUACCAGAAAGCGGCUGCUUCCGCUGAAGAGGUGGAGGCGGAGGUGACAAAGAUCCACAAGCAGAUCAUGCAGGUGACAGGCGGCAAGAUGAAGGAGCUCAAGAAGGCCCUGGAUGCCGUCAACAAGAGGCUGGAGAAGGUCAAUGCGGAGAUCACCAAGCUGCAGGUUGCCAUUAAAACUGCAAAGCGAAACAGCAAGAAGACACAGGACAACAUCGCAGCCAUGGAGAAGGAGCUGGUGGAGGUGCAGGAAGAGCUGAGGGGCAUGCAGGCCAAGCGCUUAGAGAUUGAGCAGGCUGCGGCAAAAGUGAUUGAGGCCCUGGAGACUGUUGCUCAAGAGGAUGAGGAGCUUGGGACACAGAUGGCGGAGCUGAAGGCCGAGCGCGACAAGUGUGUGAAGGAGGAGAAUAAAAUCAAGUCUGCCAAGAUUGAGAUUGACCAGGAGUUAGACAAAUAUGAAGAAGUCAUCAAGGAGAACAAGUCCAAAGCUUCACAUGCAAAGAAAAAGAUCAGCCGCUUGGAGUUGGCCGACAUCCCCAUCAACAAGGAGGAGGAGGACAAUGCUGAGCUGGUGACCCUGGAGCCUGAUGAGCUGAAGGAGCUGGACCCCAAGCAGCUGGAGUACCAGGUCACUGUCCUGCAAGAGAAGCUGCAGGAGUCCAAACCCAACCUGGCCGUCAUUCAGGAGUACCGCAAGAAGGAGGAGAUGUACCUGCAGCGUGCGGCAGAGCUGGACGAGAUCACCCGGCAGAGAGAUGAGCAGCGCAAGUACCAUGAGGACCUGAGGAAGCAGCGCCUCAAUGAGUUCAUGGCUGGCUUCACCAUCAUCUCCAACAAGCUGAAGGAGAUGUACCAGAUGAUCACCCUGGGCGGCGAUGCAGAGCUGGAGCUGGUGGACUCCCUCGACCCAUUCAGUGAGGGGCUCAUCUUCAGUGUUCGGCCACCCAAAAAGUCUUGGAAGAACAUCACUAAUCUGUCUGGAGGAGAGAAGACGCUGUCCUCUCUGGCCCUGGUGUUUGCCCUGCAUUACUACAAGCCCACGCCACUUUACGUCAUGGAUGAGAUAGAUGCUGCCCUCGACUUUAAGAAUGUGUCUAUAGUUGGCAAUUAUGUUAAGGAACGAACAAAGAAUGCCCAGUUCAUCAUCAUAUCACUGCGGUCCCAGAUGUUUGAACUUGCAGACCGGCUGGUGGGGAUCUAUAAGACUUACAACACCACCAAGUCUGUCACCAUCAACCCUGCCAAGAUCAUGGCCAGCCUAGGUGAGGAGUGCACCCCAGCAUCCACCACCCUCAACAAAACACUUGCGCCCACCACGGCCCCCACAGCGGAGACUAAUGCGUAGAUGUUUAUUCUAAGCCUCUAGUAUUUAGUGAAAUUUUUCUAUAUCAUCUUCUACCCAUCUGUCUGUGAUGCCUUGCCUACUCGGUGCCCCCCUAAAGUGGCCUUGACAUUAGAACCAUAGGCACUCCCUUCUUGUUUUCCCUCAUACAUACAUGCAUAAUAAAGAAAUAUGAAGACCACACAUCCAUGCCUCACUACAUGCUUCCAUUGCAAAACUCUCCCCAGGUUCUCAAUCUACUUAUAAACAUUUUAUUACUACAGUCACUAUGCCUUUAAACAUAACACCAAAUAUGUCCCAUCCUUCUCCUUUCUGUCAUUCUAGUUUCUCUGUCUUGUACAUCUUUCUAACCUUCCUACCAUCCUUUCACUACCCAACACAACAUUUUCCCUUCCACCAUUCUUACCAUGCUCCUACUUGUCUAAUUUUCAUCAGUACAACAUGUGGUUGUUUAUAAACCUUCAGAUAUUAUACUCACUACUUUGACAAACAACACAUUUUUCUUAAACUGUCCACCACUGCUGUAAUCCUCCAGGCCUCAGUUCACUGCCCAUCCCUCCAUGUGCACCUGUGGAUCAUUUUAGCAGAGAAGUGUUUGUGAGGAAUGUCUGUGCCAAUGAUAACCAGGUGCUCCCCACUCAUCUGCUCCCCAAUUUUCUAAAAAAUUUCAUUGAAUUAGAGAAAUGGAAUCUAAUUCAUUAUCAAUAAUAAUUACAGAUAAGAUUUUAUACAGUUAUGGAUUUAUUAAAGCUAUACUUUCA